AGGCUACAGGGGACUUAGCGCGGGGCAUUUCUCCGAAGCCCCAGGCAGUACCAGGUCAACCCAACUGUGGCUGAUGGAAGACCUCACCAAGUUCCGUCACCUCUCUUUGAGCUUCCAUGACAACAGCAACAGCAACAGCAACAGUGUAGCCUAUCCCCAUCAACGUCCAGUUCGACAGUGGCAUCUGACUCUGGAAUUCCUUUGCCGCCGGGAAAAUAUCAUACAUAUCUACGUUACCGGUCGCAAUGGCUGACGCCCGUGCUCUGCUACGCGCCCAUCGCGCUGAGAACCGUAUCAAGCACCCCCAUGCCGCCUACUCAGAUGCCGGGAAACUGCUCUGCAAGGUGUGCCACGAUGCAAUAAAGACCGAAUCGUUAUGGGAUACACAUAUCCGUAGCCAACCUCAUAAGCAAAGGUUACAAACUCUCCAGCGACAACAACAACAACAACCCAGUCCUCCUUCCCAACCUACGGAGGAGACACAGAAGCGUAAACGAAAUGAAGAUGACGAUGAACACAUGUCCGAUAAUGAUGAGGAGGAAAACGAAACAAUACGUGCGAAGCGGAGCAAGACUGAUCCUGCCGUCAGCCAAGCGUCGGCGCCCAAUGGUGCUGGGACUGGCGUAGAAGGCAAUAAUAAGGAGAAGACACAGACCCCCCCAGGCUUGGCACGCAGAACAUCCGGGACGCCCGUGCACGGCGUUGAAAUCGCCAUACCGUCGCGGCCUGCGACACCUCUCGCCGGCUCUAAUUCUACCGUCUCAACGCCCAAGGCCAUAUCGAUGACACGAUCUCCUCUCGCCGGCUCAGACAGGAGUUCCGUAUCCGGAGCCUCAGCAGCAGCGGCGUCAAUACCCAUAUCCACCGAUACGCUCACUGUACCGGCACAAACUGCAAUGCAGGCGCCAUCCACCAGGAGCGAUGCCCCCACAGCACAAGCCUCCUCGGGUGCUGUGAACGAGGAGGAAUGGGCUGCCUUUGAAGCAGAAAUGUCGGCCCUCGAUGCCCCAGCACCGCCAACAGCCGUGAACGGCGCCAGUGCGCCGAGCCACCUCUACGCCGACGCGACCAUCUCCGCACCGGCGCUGAGCGCCGCACAGGUCGCUGCCAAGUCGGAGGAGGAAGAGCACGAGCGUCGGAAACACGCUCUGGAAGCCGAGAUCGCCGACGAGCGCGAGGACGCAACCCGCGCUCUCGAGGCCGAAUUCGAAGAAAUGGAAGAGCUCGAGGGCCGCGUCCGCAGGCUCAAGGAGCGCCGCGAGGAGCUGCGCAAAGAGAGCGUGAUGAACCUCCGGGGGACUGCUGCCACACAGAAGGCGGGUGCUGCGGAGGGGAAAGAGAACUCGCCAAAUGGCGAUCUCGAUGAGAAAGACGAGGAAGAAGAAGACGACGAUGACGAGGAGGAGGAUGACUGGGAUGGCUUUCGAUUCCGCGUGUAAAACGGCGGGGCGAAGGAUUACGUCCCCAUCUUCAUCGUCAUACGAGAUAGUAAGUGCCAAGGUACCUACUAUCUCCAUUACUUGUAAUACCACACACCAAAAUAGCAUCGAGGCGGGCAUCAUGCAUUUAGCGAGAGUUAGGAGUCAAACUACAAUUCGCCAUCCUGGUCUCGAGUUAGAUCCUGGAAUCUCAGGUGCGAAGAAUAUGCAUUCUAUAAUCGGUUGAAAAAGGGGACUGGAAUGCUCAAAUAUAUAGCCCUGGUGGGCAUUGUACAUAAUAGCAUGGCAUUGGUCUUCUUAGCCUUGGAGCCGGGCGGGACUUGUAUAAUACAAAGAACGUAAAAUGAUCACUAUGGAUGCCGUGGCUGUUCUGUUCUCUUGAUCAAUGCCAUAAAUGUCUCUGGGUAGGUGUACGUAUGUUCUAGUUAUGGGUUAUCAAAUCACUGUGGUGAGGUCACCUAGAUAAGUAGAAUAGGUUCAUCACGGACUAUCGCAGGAUGUAGAAAACUAAGAUUUAAAUGUAGAUAGGAUGUA